AUCAUCGCGACCUAUCUGCUGAUCCUAAUACAAUUCCUUCUGAUGACACCGUGCUGAAGAAAGCAACAAAAGACCGUAUCGUUUCCAAGAAAAUUACAGAACUAUGUGCACGCACCACGCUACAGGCAUUUCAUCCCAUUAAAAGCGUACGAUAACAUCGUGGCUGUCAAUUCGAAGAUAAACUCUGCGUUAUUUAUUCAGUAGAUCAUGACAUCAUGACCGACUCGCGUACGUUUUAAAGAAAAUAACUGUCCACCGACUGCGAUGGCACAGUCGCAUAACCUGUUCAUCGGAAGAAAGAUAUGUAGCAAGUAUUCCUAAAUCUGUAUACCCACGAUUUGUUGCACAAUGUUUGAGAGCACGAGAAGGCUUAGUACCUUAGAGUGUAGCGAGUCAUGGCGACCAUACCGUGCCACGAACUUCUUAUCGUUGAUGUACCCUAACAUCGUUUUCUCCAAGAUUCUCGGAUUCUUUCCGUACAAAUGCACGCCCUCAGAAUUUGUGUUCUCUGACACGAGAUUUCUUUUGUCCGCGAUCACACAGCUGGUCUACAUAUUUCUAUUGGCCUCGGCGCUGUACAACGCGAACAUCAACAUCGAGAAGAGCACAGUCGAGGUGAUAGACCGGAACGUGUUCCUCAUCUCGGAAGGAAUCAUGGUGCUGGUGAUGUACGGUUUGUCGAACCAGCGGUACCAUUUGUUCAAGAAACUGGGAAAGCUCUCGCGGAUGCUGUCUAAACAGGACUUCCAGAACAUGGCGAAGUUCGUGCACACGAAGGACAUCUUCGGCAUCAUCUUCCUCAUCCUGCACCUGCCGAACUGUAUCGUUGGCCUGAAUGAGACGACCUUGAGUUGUCUAACGAUUUUAUACGUGUUGAUGGUGUACCUGGCCUUGGACAUGACCUACAUGAACUGUGUGUACGUCUUGAGAGCCUGCUUCGUCAAAAUCAACGAGAACUUGAAGCAGUUGAACGAGCAUGAAGAACCAUGCCUGGCUACUGUGUCCCCGCACAGAGGACGAAGCUUCCUGCUGCUGGUGAAGCUGAAAUACUGCGAAGAGCUGCACCAGGAGACCAGCGAUGUUGUCCAGUGCUUGAAUAAGGCGUUUCUCUUUCGGAUCGUCAUAGCGGCGAUCAUCACGUUCACUGUGAUUACGUUCAAUAUGUACUUCGCUAUUUUAGGAUACGGCGUCACAGUUUGGAUGAAACAGCGUAAGAGUUUCUGGUACUUCCCGCAUCUUGAAGCGGUGACGUUUUAUCUCUCUAAGUUUGCGAUGAUGGUGAUAAUGUGCGAGUCCGCGAUGAAGAAGGCUCAAGAAAUUGGAACCACGAUCCAUGAGAUCCUCAGCGAGUGCACCGAUGAAACGGUCAAGCGCGAGCUGAGGAUGUUUGCUUUGCAAGUGUUGCAUCGGGAUAACAAGUUUUCUGCAAAAGCAAUUGCGAUGGAUGCGAGACUCUUAACGCAGAUCGUAGGUGGAAUUAUAAUGUAUAUCUUGAUACUGUUCCAAUUUCUAAUAAAUGACGCUGCCUGCAGAAAUGUUGAGCAUAUCGAUAAAUAAUGUCACGCUGUUUGUAAAUAAUGUAUAGAAUAGCAUAAUAAAUAAACGAAGAAUUGCCGUCAGUCUAAA